AUGAGAAACGCGAAACAAAGUCGCGAAGCCCGUCGUGCGACUCGCCAACAAUCUCAAAGCGACGCGACAACAUGUGUGAUGAGUGAGCUUGAUCAUGGAACUGACAUCGAGUUGUUCAAUCCGAACCAUCAACGAUAUUUAUGCUGCUGCGGACAUGCGCACGCAUUGACAGGAAUGCGCAUCAUUUCAGGAAUGUUAAUUGUGACAGUCCUUUUUGAACUUUGGAAAUUGAUUGUCACCAUUUUUGCAAAUGGAGUGAUUCAAGAGGCCGACAUUGUUCAUUCAGCCGUCCGCUUUUUAAUAGGGACAUUUAUCGGUGGAACUGUUUUAUGGUCCAUUCUUGCAGAAAAGGCGAUUUUGCUCAUUCCAUAUCUUGUGAUUCAAGGCACUGGAUUAGCAAUUGCAAUGGUCUUUUUCGUCGCUUUAAUUUACAUUUCACUUUUCGGUGAUAAACGAAUCGGAAAUGCGGUGCUCAAGUCAUUCGGAAUCAAUAUUAAACUAACCGAAGAGGGAUAUAUUAAUUAUGCCGCUGGUUUGAUGGCCGGCUCGUUUGCAAUAGUAAUUGCGCUUCAAAUAUGGCUCAUGUGUAUUGUGAUAACCUGCUGGAGAUAUUUAAGAGAUAAAAAGAACAACGAACGGCAUAAUUCGUUGAUCAUGAUGAGAGCGAAUCAAAGGACUAAUACCCGUUUGCGAGUUUCAUUUUCCGAAGAAGCCAUUAGCUCAUUGGACCUUGGACGGAAAAGAGCCGGAACAUUGCGCUCAUUUUCAAAUUCGUUGGAGAUUUGA